CCACAACCCGCUUCUCCUUCACCGAGAGAGGAGGAGGAGGAGAGGAGCAGAGCUGAUUGUGAAACUAUUUUUCUCAUCUCAUCAGUCGCGCUGAGGCCGAGUCCAGUUAUUUUCUACUUGUGAUAUUCCAGUUUGUGAACAAUCUGUUAAAAAAUAUUUUUUGAACACAUAUACUUGAACUAUUGAAGCUGCAGAAGAAUGGCAGUCUCCUUUGGCCUUGCGGUCCUCUGGCUGUACGGAUGGAGUUAUCUUUGCGUUGGAGACUGCGCGAUGCUGAAAGACAACCUCGCCUCGAAAAGACUAUCGGAGUUCACACAAAAGUCGAAUAAACUCCACGGCAGAGAUGUGCUCUCACAACAGGACACGAUGACCGAGCACAUGCAGAUGCUCUACGCAAAGUACAACCAGGCUGGCUUCCCGUUCAAAGACGGAAACACGGUCCGCAGCUUCAAAGCGCGCUGGGGAACCGUGAAGCAGAAAGAGCUUCAGCUCUUCAACCUCACAUCCCUGACCAAGUCCGAGGCCGUCCUGUCAGCCACACUGCACUACUACAUUGGAGACCUCCAGGACCCUGCCCCCCAGGGCUGUGCCCGGCCCCGGAGCUGCAGCCGCCCGCGGGCCCGCACACAGAACCCCGUCCAGAUGGUAGUCUGGACCUUUGCCUCGGUCAACAACCACACCAGGACCCUGGGCCACUUCUUGGUCAACGUGUCAACGCUAAACCGGGACAUCAUCUCGUGGCAGUGGAAGGAUGUGACGCGUGUGGUCAACCAGGCCAAGCACCACGACGAGCUGCUCAUCGGCAUCCAGGUGACCUCGCGGGGCCAGGGGCCCUGGAAGACGCUCCUCCCCGAGCGGCCGCCCUACAUCCUGGUGUAUGCCAACGACUCGGCCAUCUCGGAGCCCGAGAGCGUGGUGAGCACGCUGCAGCGGCACCAUGCUGUGGUAGGCGAGGCCUCACUGGCGCCCGGCUUCCACCAACUGGGAUUAAACGUUCUUAAUAACACCGCCUGGCAGCGGGUGGAGAGGAGGCGUAGGCGCUCGGUGAACACGCUGCUACCCCUGCAGAACAACGAGCUGCCCGGACCCGAGUACCCUUUCAAGACCCCCACCUGGGACGACCCCGGCCCCUACGACCCCCUGGAUGCCAAGCCAGACCGCCGGCCGCGGAAAAAGUCACGUAAGAACCAGAGAAACAAGAUGCCCCUGCUGCAGUUUGAUGAGCACACCAUCAAGAAGGCCCGGAAGAAGCAGUGGGUGGAGCCCAGGAACUGCGCGCGCAGGUACCUGAAGGUGGACUUUGCUGACAUCGGCUGGAGUGAAUGGAUUAUUUCUCCCAAAUCCUUUGAUGCCUACUUCUGCUCAGGGUCGUGCCAGUUCCCCAUGCCCAAGGGCCUGAAGCCGUCGAACCACGCCACCAUCCAAAGCAUCGUGCGGGCGGUGGGCGUGGUCCCGGGCAUCCCCGAGCCCUGCUGCGUACCGGAGAAGAUGUCGCCCCUCAGCAUCCUCUUCUUCGACCAGGAUAAGAAUGUUGUGCUCAAGGUCUACCCCAACAUGACCGUGGACUCCUGCGCCUGCAGAUAGGACCGGCAGAACCUCUGCCCACGCAACGUAUACCACAAUGUCUACACACAAUACGACAAAAUAACACCAAAUCACAAUGGUAAUGUGUAGUUCACAUGACUACUCAAUAGCAUGUGUCCUCUGACACACACACACACACACACGCACGCACGCACGCACACACACACACACACACACACACACACACACACACACACACACACACACACACACACACACACACACACACACACACACACACACACACACACACACACACACACACACACACACACACACACACACCUAGAGACACAAAGAUACAUUGAUCCACAUAGGUGGACCAUGAAGGUUGACAGCUCAUUAUUUAACGUGUCCUUCAGCAUCCUGUUCAUCAUCCUCUCCUUUGUCUUCCUUUUUAUUCUGUGGAGAAUGAGGGACGAGGACUCUUCUUCAGGCCUUGAAGCUUAUUAAUCAUUGAUAUUGCAUUACAAAUUAGUGUUUAGUUCACUGUAGGAAGAACACAAGGAAGAAAUGUAACUGCUCUUCCUCCAGCUCUCCACAACAUUCAGUCUUGAAACUGAAGACUUAAAUAAGAGAAAAAGUACAAAAACUUUUCGAUGUUGAUCACAGGAUAGUUUUACUGUUGCUGCGAUGUUAGCUAGGUGGCAGACGGUUACUGAUUCUGCAGCAACGCUAUAAAGACGUGACAGGAUAUUACUGUUGCUAUGGUAUCGCUAGCUAGGUGACAGGAUGCUCCUGAUGCUACGGUAUCGCUCGCUUUUUGGCAGGAUGCUACUGUUGCUACGGUAUCGCUUGCUAGGUGACAGGACGUUAUUGUUUCUAAAGUAUCGCUAGCUAGGUGGCAGGAGGCUACUGUUGCUACAACGAUGGUAGAAAGGUGACAAAAUGUGACUAGCUGUGUAACAGAAUAUUUUUGUUGCUAAAUUGCUAUGCUAACUAUAGAAAGUUGAAGCUUUAGCACAUUUGUAUUUCACAUUGUACAUUGACAGCAUAAAAACAAUAGGAAAGUAUGUGGGAUCAAAUUCAACUUUUGUCUCAAUUGUUAUUGAGAUACGGUUGGAUCUCGUCAAACUAAUAAAGUUAUCUAAGAACCUCUUAAAAAUAUUGCUGAUCUGGAAUCAGCCGCCCCUUGGUUAUAAUAAGCCCUGAGUUCUGAACUAUGAUCAUAAUGAUCAUCUCUCUUCCUCUAGCCUUCCACCAAGGCUAAGACUGUUAAAAUGACCUCUUUGAAGAGCUUUAAGAGGGCCAAGGACUUUUCUUGCAUGUUCUACGUUGACAAUUAGAACGUUUAGAACCUAAGGCGUCUAGCCAACCACUUUUUCUAUUGCCACGGGAAGCGGAUAAGGCCAAAGUAUUUAUUCUGAACGGAUAGAUUGAUAUAUAGAGACUAAUGUUUUUUCUAUAGACUUGUACAUUGUUUGUAUAUAAUGAACUAUAUGUCGAUGAUAACGUAUUCAGUGAGAAAACUCUUCUAUUUUUAUGCGUUGAUUGGGAUAUAUUUUAUGUUCAUAAUGUCGAACCCAAACAAUGAUAAAAAAAACAUGUCAUCAUUCAUAGAUGGUUAUGCAAAUUGUUUAGAAUUGUAUAUGAAAUACUUAACUUUGUUAUGUUUUAGAGGCUUUGGUUUUAUUUUCUAUAUGACUAUAUGUGCCUUCAAAAGACCCUGAUUUAGUGGGCUGCAGGAGCUCAGGUGUUCAUUAACACUGUGUCUGCCCCUGUACAUGUUUUGAUGUUGCAAAAGAAGUGCUUGUACUAUAAGCUUUAUAAGAAAAUAUAUUUGUAUAUGGAAGAGAAAUAACAUCUCUUUAUUGUCUGUCUUUUUUGCAUGUCUAGAUUAUUCAGGCUUCUAAAUGUUACAUUGAAACGUAUUAUUUUUGUUUAGUUUACAAGGCCCAUUGUAUUUUACUGUAGUGUAGUUUGGAAGGGGUUUAACAUUACUUUGUUUUAAGAUGUGUUACUCCAUGUUUCCAUCUAGUGGCAGGGCAGUGUUACUGCUGAUAUUCCUAAAUCCAAAUAUUAUAAAACAUUAUACACGUGCCUAAACAUAGUGAUAAAACAUAAAUAAACCAUUUUAAGAGUGAUAAAACAUUCAAUAAUAAAAUAGUGCAUAAACAUAUUAUACUGAAAAAACAUGAAUUUAACCAUUUCAAAUCGGGUCACAAUAUGUAUAUAUAUUAUAUGUAUGUAAUUUUUUACUUAUGACAUGAUGAAAUAAUACCAAAUCUUUCAGUCAGUCUGUCUGUUGGAUGACAUCGUUCAGUCCAUUAGAUCACAUGUCGGAUGGAUGACAUGACAUAAAAGUCACAUUAACAUUAAACUACACAAGAUGUUAAAUAUUAAAAGUGUGCAAAUACUAUUUGAUUGUUCACUUGGCAAAGCUGUGCAGAUGUUAGUCGCCUUGGUUAUUUCACAGUCGCAGUUUAGAUUUGUUCAGAUCAAAUCCAUUUCCUUGUAUCCCAUCCACUAACCCCAGCGGUACUUGGGCCAGUACUUGACCUCUAACCCCAGCGGUACUUGGGCCAGUACUUGAGCUCUAACCCCAGUGGUACUUGGGCCAGUACUUAACCACUAACCCCAGCCGUACUUGGGCCAGUACUUGACCUCUAACCCCAGCGGUACUUGGGCCAGUACUUGACCUCUAACCCCAGCGGUACUUGGGCCAGUACUUGACUUGUGCGGCCCCCUGCCUGGAGGUGCUCCGGGCCGUGACCUUUGACAUUGGAAGUGGUUGAGGUGUUUUGUAGGUCUUGAAACCCCGCUCCUCGUAGGGCUGCUGGGUGGCCCUCGGCAGGAAGUGAGCGGAGACAUGUUGGGUUUUGACGCGGGGGCUGGAGCCCAUCUUGGCCCUCCCUCUCUUGUUGAGCGCUACGAGCCAGGGCCGGGCAGUCCGCGGGCCCCGGUGGACCACAGACGAGAAGGUGUUGUAGCCGUCCUUCUGGAAGCUCUCCUGGAACACACAGUCCUCAGAGAACCCUUCCUAAGGGGGCCAUGGAGAAGAAUCAUACUACUUGUUUUCCUACAGACCAAGGAAUGGAAACAAACUAACCAUCCUUCCUAGAGACCAAGAAAAGGAAAUGUAUACAUUUCCUCUGGACUAAGGAAAGGAAACUGACUAACUUCUUAGGACCAAUGGAAUGUGAAUCCUUUAGACCACAAGGAAAGAAAAUAUUCUAAUUAUGAAGGGAUAGUUUUAAAGAGGAAUGAAAAUAAAAACUAAAUAAUAAUAAAUCCAU